AUGUCUUACCAAGAGCAGCAGUGCAAACAGCCGUGCCAGCCUCCUCCUGUGUGCCCAGCCCCGAAGUGCCCUGAGCCUUGUCCUCCUCCAAAGUGCCCAGAGCCUUGUCCUCCUCCAAAGUGCCCAGAGCCUUGUCCUCCCCCAAAGUGUCCUGAGCCUUGUCCUCCCCCAAAAUGUCCUGAGCCUUGUCCUGAGCCGUGUCCCCUUCAGCCAUGCCAGCAGAAAUGCCCUCCUGUGCAGCCUCCUCCACCAUGCCAGCAGAAGUGCCCACCCAAGAGCAAGUGA